AUGGCGUUCCCAGCUGACAGCGCCCCCUACUACAUCGGGAUGCAAAACACGGUCCAUCCUUUUCCCAACUCAUCUUUCCCUCCGCCCGGUCCUCCUCCUCCGUACAACUCCGUACCCCCCGCUGCUCCGGCCCCUAUCCCAAAUCCGGGACCCUCCAUCCCCGGUUGCCCACCUGGACUCGAGUACCUCACCCAAAUCGACCAAAUACUCGUACAGCAAAAAGUCGACUACGCGGAAAUGAUCAUCGGAUGGGAGAUGAGCGAAGUAGAAAUCCAAAGUCCCCCAGGAUUCCCCAUAGGCUACGUUGAACAAAACUGGCACCCGUUUUUACCCAAGUUUACCGUUUUGGACGCCACUCGGAGCGCGCAGUUGAAGAUAAAGGGUCCGUUUUGUGAUUGUAAGUGCUGUUCGGAUGUCGUGUUUGAGGUUUUGUCCCGGGAUGAGGAGGCGGUGGUGGGGCAGAUUUCCAAACAGUGGGGAGGAUUCCUGCAGGAGGGGUUCUCGGACGCGGAUAAUUUUGGGAUUUCAUUUCCGAUGGAUUUGGACGUUAAGGUUAAGGCAGUGCUGCUCGGUGCGGUGUUCCUCAUAGAUUUUAUGUAUUUUGAGACUAAUAAAAAUGACAACAAUAAUUAG